CUGGGUUAGACAAGCAGUAUGGCGGAAGAGGAGAGUGAACUGGAGUUGGACAGGUUUAAGAAAGAAUUGGAGAGUUUGCUGAACGACGAGUGCCGACUGCAGAGCAGGUCGUAUUGCGCGAGGUUUUGCGAGCUGGUUGAGGAAUACACGAGUCGAUGGCAGGUGCCCCUUCCACAGCUGCAAGUCCUGAGGAGCGCCCUGUGCGCGUUUGUCCGCGGCACAGCAUCAUUCCCGUCUGAUUGCGAGCACGUGCGCUACACUCUGAGCAGUCUGGCUCUGAGCGUCUUUGAGCUGCUGCUGUUCUUUGGGAGAGACGAGUUCCCCGAGGACCCUCUAAAAGAUAUUCUGGACUCAUUUCAGGAAUGCCACUCGAGUCUAGUGAGGUACCAGAACGUGUACCUGUUGCAGGUUAGACACAUUAUCAGAGAUGGAGGUCCUUGGGCUAGUCCUUUACUGGAGGGAAUCCUAAAGGAAGUGGAGCAACCACAAGAAGAAGUUGACCGGUACCUCAGCUCUGAGCUGUUUAUGUUUUUCGAGUUGCGCGUUCGUUACCUGCUGGCGUGUGAGCGGACCCGCGAGGCCAUGGCGCUAGCCCUGAAGUGCAGUCAGAACCCGAGCGCAGGCCGAUGUCUCUUCUUCAAGCAGGCCUACCUCUCCUGUCUCUGGAAGUCCUCUCAACAAGAACGCGUCUACAUGGAGAUGGCAGAGAUCGACGGGAAGGAUGCAGUGGAGAUCCUCUGCAUUGCAGAGAAUGAAGAGAAGGACGAGCUGCUCCUGGAGCUUAGCAAAGGCUUCCUAUUGCAGCAGCUCCGAAGCGGAGACAUGUACUACCUUUGGGAUCUGGUCUUCAUCUGGUGCAAAUUGUUCCUCCGAGUGAAGGCCCCGGGAAAACACUUCCUGCAAGAAUGCAAAACGUUGCUCAUGUCAGCCACCAACGUCAAAGCAAUCUUUCCAUUCAUGAAGGUGAUCUUGUCCGAGAAUUUGGGAAAAGAAGGCCUUACUUUUUGCGUGGAGCUCUGCGCCCAGGCCCUUCAGACUGACCUCAAGAACGACCCCGUCACCAAAUCUCUCAUCUACAAAACCAUUGCGUACCUGUUCCCCAAUGACCUGGAGAUCUGUAGAGCCUGUGCGCUGCUCGUCUUCUUUUUGGAGCGCACGGUCGAGGCCUACAAGACCGUCUUCUUUUUGUACAACCACCCAGACCUGGAGUACCAUCUGGACGCCAGUCACGUCAGGAACAACGUUCGCUUUGAGGUCAUCCGGAUCCUAAAAAAGGGCCUGUUCUUCGACCCCGAAUUCUGGAGCCUUCUGAACAUCAAAACAAACUGCCUGAAGCUCAUGAGGGACGAGGUAGCCCGAGCCGCCCUUUGUGAAAUCACGGAGGAGGACCCAUGGGGCCCGAGUUACUGCGUCCGAGAGCACUGCAAAUGCCGGGCAGAGCCAGACAGGACCGCGGUUAGGCAGGAAGAGAGGCCUGGUAGUAGAGACAAUGAGGAGGAACGGGUCCCGAGCGCUUCUGCUGAUGUGUCUUCCGAAAUCCUGGAGUAUAAGAGGAGAGGGAGGAAACCAGGGUCGCGACUCGGCAAGGGUCUGGAGCCGUUUUCAGUCCGGCGUUCCUUCAGGCAGCUGGAUUCGGCACAAAAUCAUGCCGGGCAGCUGAACAACAGAUGUCAGAGGUUUCUCACUCGACAGGCAGAGAAAAAUAUUCUAAAACGGCGGGGCAGGAAACCCCGAUGGCUUUUAGAACAGUUGGCCGCACUGGAAGAAAACACUGCUCCCGGGCAACCGAAGAAACCAGGAAGGAAACCAAACCCGUUCAGCUCGCUCAAGGGCCUUUUGGUCGACACGCCUGUCAUCGAGAUCACCAUGGAAUAUUCGUACCCUGAUAACGAAGUCGAGCUGCCUGUCGACGUCCAGGGCCGGUCCACGUCCAGAACGACUUCUUCCACAGAGCGUCGCUCCGACCGAGCUCAGACGGGGCCUUGUAUUAAAGCCCCGGACUCGUUCCUUCAGCUGCUGUUCGAGAAGCCUCCCUGUUCAUGGAAAGAAGACGACUUUCAGUCACAGGACAUCAUGGUCGCGAUUAGAAAAUUCCACACCUACGCAAAAGUGCCUGAAGAGGAGGGAAGCCCUUCGCUCCUUCACCUUAUGGAUACUGCAGCAUUAGCAGCUCCGCUCGCCGUGAAGCAAGAAGAUGGUCUUCAGCCUGUAAAGGAUCCGAGUGAACCAGUCGACGGGACUAAAGUGACCUCACUGACCGCUGCUGAAACCCAGGAGAUCCACGUUGUUAGCGACAGAGCCGAUCCGUCAUCGCUUUCAGCUGAAGUCCAAGCUGAUGGUAAAAUCACUACUUCUAUUACUACUACUACUGCGGUCAAUUCUCCCAAAGAUCAUAGCGCUAGCGUCGCGUUUGACAGUAGUGUUCAAGUGCUGGAAAACGCCCCGGAAGUUUCUAGUCUUGGUACUACACCUGACAAAGCUACUGAUUACGUUUGUACAACGUCUGAAAAAGAAACUGACAGUAUUUCUACCUCUGAAAACGCACCUCCUCCUCCUCUUCCUCCUAAUAGCACACCUGAACUUGUACACCAAAGUCAAGUUUGUACCCCCAAAGGAAUCCUGGACACUCAUGAACACGGAGUCGAGGACGUGGCAGACGGCUCGAAAAACACGAGCGCAGCCGAAAUCAUUCUUGAGACUCCUGUCGUUCUGGAAGAAUCGAAAGCUCAAGACCAGGCGUUGCAGCAGACCGUGGAGGUCGAGACGCCGCGAGACUACGGCUCCUCUGCUGUACCUGAUGCUCAGACCAAACGCCGGUGCAAGCUUUGCAAUAAAACCUACGAGACGCCUCUUAGCCAUGCUUUGUGGCAUUACCGGAAUGAAAAGAAGUGCAUGUUUUGUGACAAGCUGGCUAUGACUCGUGGAGCCUUGCAGCAUUUCCAGAAGCACAUAAAAAAUUUGGGUAAGGAGGAAAGUCAGGUCGAGACCAAGAAGCGCGAGGAGGUUGUAACUGAAGCCGCCGGAAGCCCCGAAAAGACCGUUCAAGAGUCGCCGCCGAAGAAAGCAAAGCCUGGAUUCGCACAGAUCAAGUCAAGACUGCUAAUGAGAUUAAAACUGACCAGGAAAGCCAGAACUCAGAGCGAGACGGAGAAAAGCUCAGAUAAGGCCGAAACGGCUCUGAAGGAGACGGACGCGAAGACAUCCGAAUCAGCACCAGAGCAAAAAGAGAUUAGCGCGAAGGACGAUAAGCAGAGCGUCCCGCACGAGACGAUAAGAUACGUAACAAGAGGUUCGAUUAAGAAGUCUGAGCACAAGGGACGCCUGCUUAGGGCCAAGCUAGGUAGGAAAGGAAAGCCUCUGAGAGUGAGGACGGGGGGAGACGGUUCAGCACCCAAGGACGGUUCCAUUCACAGGCUGAACGGAGUAACGGAAAAGAAGCGGAAAAUGUGGUGGCGUCAGGAAGACAUCGGUCUCAAAACUGAUAAAGAUGUAGCACGAGGAAAAGAAGAGAAAAAGACUAUUUUAGAGAAAUCUGAGAAGACGGCGAAAAGUAACAGGGUUAAUUAUAACAUCAGGACCAAAGCUGACAAGGCGACCAGCAAUAAUACCGAAGAGGAAAGUAAAAACUCAGAGUUGCUCGAGGAACCGAGGGCAAAGAAGAAAAAGUAUGGAGAGAAUGAGAAGAAACGAAAAAAUGAAGAAGCAGCUACGGAAAAGAAGAAUGUAAAAAAACAGAAAAAUGGGUCAGAGGCGGAAUCCAGCGAGACCCCGAAGACUCUGCGGAAGAGGAGAGUUGGUAGUACCCCUGCGGUCGGCUGUCCCGUAGACGCCUGCACGUUCCAAGCCAUGCCGGGCCCGGUCCUUUCGCACGUCCUCAUCCACCACCCGGGUGACACGAACGCCCUUGAGUUCUUCUACAACCUUGCUGCCAAAAAGUGCGUGUUUUGUGCCAGAAGGAUCUGGAGUCCUCAGCACUUCUUCGACCACGUGGUCUCUCACCGGGGUAACCUCAAACACCCGUGCUACCACGUGGCCUGCCAGAAGAGGUUUAAAACACGGACGGACGUGGGUGACCACAUGGAGAGGGACCACAAUCCUCUGAAAGCGAGCUGCUGCUUCCCUGCGUGCACGGUGGAAUCCACCAGCCUUAAGGAUUUGUACAGCCAUGAAAAGAAUCAUUACAAAACGGUAAAAACAGUAACUUCCACUGAGAAGGGUGCGGACAAACCCGGCCUCAAAGCAUCAAGAGUAAAGAGCGCUCCAGAAGUAGCAGCAGCACAACAACAACAAGAGCAACAAGCAACUCAAAGCAUCUCAACAGAUAACGAGAAUCCACCUCCACCUUUUCCACCCCCUCCACCACCACCAGGUGAAAUUAGCAAACUGAGAGCUCAAAAACCAGAAGAUGAAAAGCCUUUGACGCUAAAUAGAAGCUCGGUGAACUACGGCAGCAAGAGCUCCCGGCUUGUCAACGGUCACGGCGAGCAUGCGCAUGAAUCCGGCGUUAAAGCGCACCCUGCUAUCAUGAAAGAGCAGGACGCGAAGUCCGAGCAGGUGGCGGUCAAGCCGUUCAGCAGACUCCCUCCUUCGGCAUACUUGGACGAGCUGUAUCUUAGCAUGCCCAAAAAGUGGAGGAGGCCCCAAGCACCUGCCAAAGGCCUAGAGUCGAACGAUGAUGUCCUCGUCAAGAGGCAGAGCUGCUCGCGCUGUAACGCGUCCUUCGAUGGUGAGGAGGAGCUCCAGCUGCACCGGGAUAAAUGCACAUCCCUUUUCGGCUUCGAUUCAGAUGAUGAAAAUGCCUUCUAAAGAGCACUGCUGCUGUGGACGGUGAAAAAAAUCAAGUCAACGACAAAAAAAAAAAAAAGGACCGUUCUGAUAAAAAGGCUAUUAAACUGAGAGCUUGUCUGACGGCUUGGACAUCUCCCUGGACCGGUUCAGAGAGAGACGUCCUGUAUUACUCACACCACUGCGGAUUUGCAGCGCGUGACAAGAUGCAGAGCUCCAUUGCGAAUUCUGUUUUAAAGUGUGCUGCAGUAUUUGAAAAACAACGCUAGGUUUAACGUUGUGGUCAUAAGGAGGAUUCUGCCUCAACCUCGACCUGCGAUAGACUUGUUUUUUUUUGUUUUUUUUGCUUCAAGAAGUGCAAAGUGUCGAUAUAAUUGCAAUGGCAAUGAAAGCUGGAAUUUUCAGCAAGUUUUGGAAAAUAUCUGGUUAUUUGUGAACUUUUGUCACAGAUUUUUAUUAGCAUUUAAUCUCCCAGAUCUGGCUGUCUCGCAUUCCUUUGUACUCUAACGAGCAAACCAGUCGCUCGUCACCGAUUUAGAUUUAUUAAAGGAUUUGCCUAUAUAUUUAUAUAUAUAUAUAUAUAUAUAUAUAUAUAUAUAUAUAUAUAUAUGGCACGGAGGACAAAUCAAUUCUCACAAGUUUUAAUGAAAGAUAAAAUGAUGACAGAGCAGUAUUUGAUGAUAUAUUUUACAUCGUAGAGCUGGGGAAAAAGACAAUUUGUUUCGAAAAGUGCGAUCGGUGGCAGUCACGAAACCUCUCAUGACAUUAAUGUAUAUAUAUAUAUAUAUAUAUUUCUAAAGCUCUUCUCUUAACACUCAAAUAACAAUGAGAAGAAUCAAUUGUCUCACAACCGAGGCAUGACUGAUCUGUUCUACACAAGGACAUUGAUUUACUAAUUUAAUUUAUUCAUAUUCUUUUUUUUUUUUCUUUCUUUUUGUAUUUUAUGUAAAUGUUUGGACAGUUUGAACGAUAUAUAAUAGGGAUGGGUUAAUAUAGUGGGUUUAUAUAUCAAGAGUUUUUCUGGCCUACAAAAAAAAAAAAUUAAACGUGUAUUAC